ACCCUUUUUCAACCUCUAUUAUCUGUUCCAUAAACCCAAGAAGAAACACUUUCCACUUCCUUCCUACGAUACCCAAUCUUAGCAGUUUUCAUUUCUCUCAAUUUGACUUUCCAAAGCAACUGUUUCUCUUUCUGAUAUCCCGUAAACAUGGAGACUGUAAAUCAUCUUACAACUGCUGCUUCCCGCGCCAUCUGGGGAGAGUCGUCGAAUUCCGCGGCGGAGAAUACGCGCAACGAGACGGCGGGACAGGAACCGCUGUCUGGGCAGCUGGGAAAUGUCGCCGCGGGAGAGCCGUAUGAUAAGGGCAAUAUCGAACCUCCAAUUGCUGAAAAAUCCAUGUCCCCAACGUCGGAGGACACAUCACUCAGUAACAGCGGACCGAACUCGACGACAGGAAUCGCAGGCAUAGAUAGCAUAUCCAGUACCAGCCAACCCAAUACAUCAGCGGUAUCAACUGCAGACAGCAUGCACGGAAAUACAGCCUCGACGGGUCAGAUCGGAUCAGUAUACGGCGCGGACCAGGCUGGUGCAACGAAUUUGCACGAUCCCACUUCUGAUACCGCAUUCGACAAACCCAUUGCCUCCAAUGAUAUUCAUGGCCGUACGGAUGCACCAUCUGGAGUCGCAGAACCCACGAGCGAUGCGCAGCAGACACUGAACGAUCGGUUGGAUGAGCUGCGUGGCAGCGAAAAGCAAGAUCGCAUUCAGGAGACGACAAGGGAGGCUGAGAACACGACGGGUGCUAGUGCGAAGAAGGGACCUGGACCAGAUCCUAAGAGUCUUGAAGAGAAGCUCCGCGAGGCAGGAGGCACUUCUGGUCCUGGUGCAGGAGGGAACAAUGGCCCUCAGAAGCAAGGAUAUGGUGAAGGAGCAGGUGAACAAUACGUCAAGGGCCCAGGCACGAAAGGCGAGGGUGGUUACUUCGAUGUUCCCCAGGCUAGUGAGCGCAAGGAAGUUGAGCGUCUCCGGGACCAGAAAGGAAUGAACCACCACACCGGUCCCGAAGAGUCCAAGCCAAGUGAUACAGGCACAAGCUCUUCAUCGAAAGCCGGCCAGGAGGAGAAAGCAGCAAAGACGAGUUUGAAGGAGAAGAUCAAGGCGAAGUUACAUAUCGAUAAGCACUAAUCCCUUCCGCGCCUCUGUUCGAUCCUUGGAUGUGAGAGUGGGCCCGAAAGGGGCAGAACGGAUCUGAAGGCAGAUUCUUCGAAGCGUGUCU